GGUGUGGCUGGUGUGGCUACGUCUGUGUUGUGCACAUGAUGUUGUGUAUCACGGUGGCGAUGUUACGGUGUUGUGCUCUAUGUGUUCGUGUGCUGCUCUGUUUGGCGAAGUCGUGAGACACUGUCUUCAAUGAUGUCGGUAUUGUUGCUAGAGCCGUUCUACGGUGGCUCGCACAAACAGCUGAUUGAUUUGCUUAGCGAGGACUUGGGAGUAUGUCGCUUGGUCACGCUGCCGGCGAACAAGUGGCACUGGCGCGCGCGCACGGCAGCUCUGUGGCUUGCGGAGUGUAUAGAACCGUCAGAUGACUAUCGUGUGCUUAUGGCCAGCGGCACGCUCAACCUCGCCGAACUUCUGGGGCUACGGCCAGACCUGGUGCCGCUGCGAAAGGUGCUUUACAUGCACGAGAACCAGCUUGCCUACCCAGUGCAGAAAGAGCAGCAGCGCGAUUACCAGUACGGCUACAACCAGGUGACGUCGUGCUUGGUGGCCGACGUGGUGCUGUUCAACUCGCACUUCAACCGGGACUCGUUCCUGACAGCCGUGGAACCGUUCCUGAACCGUGUGCCAGGUGCGGGCCGCCUGGGGCCCCUGCGGCCUCGAUUGGAGGCGAAGGCGCGAGUGCUGUCCUUUCCGAUCAAGGUGCCACCGUUGGCCCCAGCUCCGUGCAGGGACCCCGCCUCACCCCUUCACAUUGUCUGGCCUCACCGAUGGGAGCAUGACAAGGGACCCGAAGAGUUUGUGCAAGUGCUGCUUGAGCUGCACCGACUUGGCAUGGACUUCCACGUGUCCUUCCUAGGACAGGAGUUUGACAAGCUGCCUACAUCCCUGGUUGAAGUCAGGGAGAAACUGGGAGACCACAUCCGUCGUUGGGGCCCUUUGCCGGACCGAGAUCAGUACCUGGCGCUGCUGCGCAGUGCGGAUGUCGUCGUUUCCACAGCCCGCCAUGAAUUCUACGGUGUUGCCAUGUUGGAAGCAAGCCUGCUUGGCUGCUACCCGCUGUGUCCAAAUCGACUUGUCUACCCAGAGAUCUACCCUC